CGGAGGGUCGGAGGAGGAGAGUCUCCGCUCGUCCAAUCAGAGCAGAGGGGUUAGUGGAGAAGAAAGAGAGUAAGGCGGAAGUCGCGCGCAGAGGUUCCGAGUUGCAGGACAAUGGCGGUGUGGAGUUAAUGUGAUUUGCUGUUGGUGGUGUUGCUUGUUGUGGUGAGGAAUGCCGAGCGGUGUGGAGUACGGGGAGUUGGGGGAGAGUCUGCCUGCUAUCUCCUCUCUCAAUGCCUCCUACUCCCAGGCCUCUCUGUCAGCGCACUCGAGUCAUUACCUCCCUCUGCCCCCUACUGAGAGGAGAAGCAUCUCAGAUGUCCGCCGCACCUUCUGCCUAUUCGUGACCUUUGACCUCCUCUUUAUCUCUUUGCUCUGGAUCAUUGAGCUAAAUAUUAAUAAGAGCAUCUGGCUGAAUCUUGAGAAGGAAGUUGUUCGCUAUGAUUUCAGAUCUUCCUUCUUUGAUAUUUUCCUGUUGGCAGCCUUCAGGUUUUUGUGUUUACUGAUUGCUUAUGCUGCUUUCAAACUGAGACACUGGUGGGUCAUUGCGAUUACGACUCUGGUGACGAGCGCCUUCCUUAUAGUCAAAGUGAUCAUCUCAGACUUGUUGACGGAGAAUGUUUUCGGGUAUGUGAUCCCCAUCACCUCGUUCGUCGUGGCCUGGCUGGAAACCUGGUUCCUCGACUUCAAGGUUCUUACUCAGGAGGCAGAGGAUGAGAGAGCAUACCUGGCGGCGGUGAACGCGGCAUGUGAGAGCGGGAGGUUGAUUUACCCCAGAGCCGUCUCAGAUGGACAGUUCUACUCCCCACCAGAGUCAAUCGCAGGUUCUGAUGAUGAUCUUGAUGAAGAAGGUCUGGGCAGGAAAGCAGUAACUGCACAGGAGAGGGAGUUUGUGCGACAGGGUCGUGAUGCGAUGGCUGUGGUGGAGCAGAUCCUGGCUCAGGAAGAGAACUGGAAGUUUGAGAAGAACAAUGACAUUGGGGACUGUGUUUACACACUGGAAAUUCCUUUUCAUGGAAAAACCUUCAUUUUAAAGGCAUUACUGCAGUGUUCAGCUGAGUUAGUGUAUCAGGAAGUGAUUCUGCAGCCGGAGAAGAUGGUGCAGUGGAACAGAACGAUCUCAGCGUGUCAGAUAUUACAGAGGGUGGAUGAUAACACGAGUGUGUCAUAUGAUGUGUCUUCAGGAGCAGCAGGAGGAGUCGUGUCUCCUAGAGAUUUUGUGAAUGUACGCAGAGUGGAGAGGAAGCGAGACUGUUAUGUUUCUGCUGGAAUGGCGACUGUUCACAGCUCUAAACCCCCUCAUCCUCGAUACGUCCGAGGUGAAAAUGGUCCCGGUGGCUUUGUGGUGUUAAAGUCAAGCUCUAAUUCCUCCAUCUGUACCUUCAUCUGGGUUCUGAACACCGAUCUGAAGGGCCGACUCCCUCGUUAUCUGAUCCAUCAGUCUCUGGCUGCCACCAUGUUCGAGUUCAUGUCUCACCUCCGUCAGCGAAUUGCCUCUUUCCACUGAACCAGGGGGCGUGGCUUUUUCUGGAUAACCACAACCUGUCUGUGUAAAGGAGAUGUGCUCACACACACACACACACACACACACACACACACACACACGCACACACACACACAGACUUUAAUGAAGAAGGAGGAAGCUGUGAAGAUUAAACAUGAUCAUGAAGGAACAUUUCUCAUCACAUUUUUUCUGGUUGAUUAGACCAAUUCCUGUGUGUGUGUGUGUGUGUGUGUGUGUGUGUGUGUGUGUGUGUGGUGAAAGGAAAAAAAAGAAUGAUUUAGGGUCUAGGUGAACAGAGCUGCAUGAAAGGACAUGCAUCAUAUUAUUAUUUUAUUUCGUUUUUAAUUUUCUUUUUCUAUAAUCUGUAGAUUUCAUGAAGUAACUACUGCUCUAUAUUUCAUGUAAAAAAUAAAACAUAUUUUUUGGGCGUUUCAAAAUAACUCAAAUAUUAAUAAUCAUUUCAAUAAUAAUAAUAAUAAUAAUAAUAAUAAUAAUGAUGUAUAAUGACGUCUCUGGGUUUAAAAUUCAUUCAUUCAAUUUUAUUCCUUUAAAAAAAAAGUCAAUUUUUUUUUUUGCUUUUUUCUUCAUUUAUUUAUUUCAUCUUUAAGACGGUUAUAAAUGUUGAUACUGUACUGAUUUAUAUUCAUAUUCACACUCAACUCUCCUCAGGAUUACAUUCCUUUGUGUUCUUUGAAUUAUUUUUUGUUGUCUGCAUUUUGAGCGGCGUCCUGAUUUCAGACUCGUCCUCGCCGAGAAACACGUCUGCGUCAUUCCUCUAAACUUCCUCUGCUUCCUGUGGAACCUAUAGGACAAUGAGUAAUGUUUCACCAUUUAGGGACCUGCCCCCUCACCUGAGCCCUGCCCCCUCACCUGGGCCCUGCCCUCUCACCUGGGCCCUGCCCCAUCACAAGAGCCCUGCCUCCUCACCAGAGCCCCUUCACCUGGACCUUGCCCAUCCCUCACCUGGACCAGUUUUCCAGCGUUAGCAGUGCCAUAUCUGCAGCGUCAGAGCAGCGUGACCGACCCGAACCUCCAGUUUCUUCGUUCUGAUUGGCUGAGAGCAGAGAGGGGGCGGAGGCUUAAGCUCUCCUCACACUACACAAUGCAGCAUUAAACUGAUGUGUUUCCUCACAGGACUGUACACACGUGAUGUGUAACACACUGCACUGUGGGGGUGGGGUGUGUCAUUUUGUGCCUGAACACACACACACACGACAGUUUUUUAUUUUUUAUCUGUGAAUGUUUACCAAUAUUUUCUGUAUAAUCUGUGUUUGUGUGUGUGUGAGAUAUCCCCCCCCCUCCCCCCAUGGUUGUUGGACUGAUUGGAGGCGUGGCCUGUCACACACUUAUUAAACUGAAGAGGAGGAA